UGUGGACGACAGCAGGUCGAGGAUGAGAAAUUAAAGCGGUUCAAGGAAAAGAUUGUGACCAUCAUUCAUGAGUAUUUCAACUCCGAUGACAUACCUGAACUCAUACGCAGUCUUGAGAAUUUAGGAGCACCGGAGUACAACCCAAUUUUUCUCAAGAAGCUGAUAACACUUGCUCUGGACAGGAAGAAUCACGAGAAAGAAAUGGCAUCUGUUCUCCUCUCUUCUCUUCACAUUGAGAUGUUCACCACAGAAGAUGUUGCAGAUGGUUUUGUCAUGCUCCUGGAGUCUGCAGAAGAUACAGCACUUGACAUUCUGGAUGCUUCAAACGAACUUGCUCUGUUCUUAGCUAGAGCUGUGAUCGACGAUGUUUUAGCACCUUUUAACCUGGAAGAGAUCAGUAGCAAACUACGACCUAACUCAAGCGGAACUGAAACCGUGAAGAUGGCUAGGUCACUCAUCUUU